UGGUUAGUUAUAAGACAAAGGAACAGACAUUUCUAGAGACAUUGAAAGUUCGGCCAGGCAACAUAAAUCUCACUGCAGAAAACUCCAUUACUGUGCAUGUAAGCCGUUUGAAUCGUUAUUGAAAGGGACCAAAAUGGCGUCGUUUGUUUCCAUCGCUCUGGUCAUGCUGUUGAUUGUCAGCAUCCGUGCCCAGGGAUACGGUCAAGCACAGCUGCACAUCAAUGGUGCGAUUACAUGCCAAGGUUCAGCAGAAGGCUGCAAUAAUUUCGGAACUCCAAGCAGUCCGGCACUGUCCUGCCAACAUGUCAAGGAUGUGUGCCCUGAAGCAGCCAGUGACUUCUACUACAUCGAGAGCGCUGGGCUCUAUCGAAAGGUGUUUUGUGAGAUGGACAUUGAAAGCGGUGGGUGGGCCCGCUACGGCAGGUCCAACCAAACAGCCAUCUGGAACUAUGUCGACGAAGACGCCACCGAAAUCACACUCGACAUCAUCUCCCCUUCCGAAGUCAAAGAGAUGAUUGAUCUCAAAUACAAUAAUUUCCUGGUCCAAACUGACGUUGUCUUCAAAAUGCAGGCAGAUGACAGCAUUAACCCAUCGCGUCUCACUACACGAUCCCUUCCUUGGCUUGUGGAUACACCUCUGUUCAUUCCUGAUUACGGCAACGACCAUACCCGUAUUGAAUUUCCGUCUGGCAGUGUUGAUCGAGUGACCUGCAUUCCAGGGAGUACAAGCAAAUGCGGACAAGGGGGAGGGCUGCCACCUGCCAAUGGGGUAUCCAAGCCCUUCUUCUUCCAGUCGCUCUUCUUCUCGCCCCGGGGAACAGGGGCAAGCUUGCCUAGUAGCGUCAGUGGUCAGUGGCACCGCAACAAAUACACUUGGAACGGAAGCUUCUAUUAUGUGUAUGCCAAGUAAUGAUUUGGUCGAUAUAGAGUAAAACAUGAAACCUUGUUCUAGAUAAGAAGUAGUAUAAAUCUAUCACGGUUUCUUUUUUUACAUACUGUGUAUUAGUACAUUUUAAAAUGUAACUUAACAAACGAAGGGUGAAUCACUCUUAGCUUAAAGAUCGUCAAUACUACUGGGCCAGAAGGGAUUAGACCACACAGCGAGGUCACUCACAAGUGGCUAUCUCAUUAACUCAG